AUGGUCAAUGGAUCAAAACAAAUUCCGAAAGAAUUCGAGAAUUUCGCUUUAAUUUCAAUGGCUAUUAUUGCCUUAGCUGUUGUUUCUAUGGGAUUCUCAUACUUUCUAAUAUGGGUCCCAUUUCUCAUAGAAUGGAUCAAGAAGAGGUUACGUGUGAUUGAGUUGGUCGAUCGUUUCCCAGGCCCUAAGGCGUUUCCGUUGGUCGGAUGCGCUUAUCAAUUCAGUUUCGACAGUUACAAAUUCACAUACCUCAUGGAGGAGAUUUUCGAAAAAUUUUCCUCUGGUCUCAAUGGGAAUGGUGUCUUCAGGAUGUGGCUUGGGCCAAUUCCUGUCGUGUUCAUCUGUAGAGCAGAUGCUGCUAAGGCGAUUCUGGAAAAUAGCAAGGAAAUAUCGAAACCUGCAGAAGGUUAUACGAGACUCCAAGAAUGGCUCGGAAAAGGACUUCUUACAAGUAACGGAGAUCGUUGGCGAACGAGGAGAAAGAUGCUUACACCAGCUUUUCAUUUCUCUAUUCUCAAUGAUUUUAUGCCAAUAUUUAACAAGGAAGCUGCAAUUCUUCUCGAACAAUUCUCGAAAUUUUCUGACACAGGCUGCUGUGCUGACGUUUUUCCACUCAUAAAACUGUGCACAUUGGAUGUUAUAUGUGAAUCCGCAAUGGGAGUGAAUAUUCGAGCACAAUUGGGUGAAAACAAGGAAUAUGUCCGUUCGGUUAAGGACGUUUGUCAACUGCUGUGGGACCGAGAACGAUUACCUUGGCUAUGGCCAACCGCGCUUUGGCAACUUUCGGGAAAAGCGAUCAGACUCGACAAAGCGUUGACGAUUGUCCAGGGUUUUUCUCGCAAAGUUAUUGCCGAAAGAAAGAAAUUGUUCGGGAUGAAACCACGAGAUCCAGCGAAGAAACCGGCUUUCCUUGAUCUUCUCCUGGAAAUGCAAGAAGCUAACUCGUUAACGGACAACGAUAUCCGAGAAGAAGUGGAUACUUUUAUGUUCGAAGGUCACGACACCGUUUCAAGUGCUCUAGGAUACGCGCUUUUCUGUCUUGGAAAUUAUCCAGAUGAACAAGAGAGACUCUUCGAGGAAGUUAAGGAAGUGAUUGGUCCGAAUGAUCGCGAUCUCACGUUGGAAGACUUGAGACGGUUGAAACAAACUGAGAAAGGUGGAGAAACCGUUCCCGCCGGUGUAACAGCAAUGGUCGUACCAUUCGGAACUCAUCGAGACCCAAAGUAUUUCUCUCGUCCACGAGAUUUCUAUCCUGAUCACUUCGAUAUCGACGAAUGUUCGAGACGCAGUUCUUACGCGUUCAUUCCCUGGUCGGCUGGUCCACGAAAUUGCAUAGGUCAAAAAUUUGCUGUACUGGAGGAGAAGGUGAUGUUAGCUCGACUGGUUCGUCGAUACCGUUUCCGAGCGACAAUGACAUUCGAACAGAAUCGUGGACUACCCGAACUUAUUCUGAGGCCAAGUCAAGGAAUUCCUUUAAUUAUCGAAAGACGAGCUGACUAG